UCUUUAGCCGUCCUGGGCGUCGUGCGCGCUUUUCCGGCUCCUCUUUUCCUGUUACUUUUCUAAAGUCGCGUUCCCCAUUUCAUCCAGUGCAAGCUGACGCAUGCUGGCGAAUAUGGAAGGCGCUGCCAGGGAGAGGCUCAUGAGAGGCGACCUGUCCGCACUGCCCGCCAAGCCCCCACUGUCGUGCGUCAAGGUGUUUCUGUGCGUCAACCCCGAAGAUUUCAAAGAAGAAAGGAAAGCUCUCAGAGAGACGGUGUACCUGAAGAUUAGAGAGCAUUGCAGAUACACCUUUGGCCUUGACUUUCAGGUCAUUGAUAUGUAUGAGGGAGUGGACCCUGAUGAUGUUAAUGAUGAUCAAGUCCGUCAAGUCCGGAUGGAAGUUCUGCAGGAAUGUCUGGAGAGCUCCGCUGGGCCCUACUUUUUAGCACUCAUUAGAGAACAAUAUGGCAGCCCUUGUUUACCCGCGAGAAUUGAAGCCUCUGAGUUUGAGGAGAUUAUUCAAGUAGCUCAACAGGAGAGUCUGAACACCAGAGUUCUGACAAAAUGGUACCAGAGAGAUGAGAAUGCAGUUCCUCCUGCAUACUGUCUACUGCCCAAGAAGACACUGCUUCCACACUACUAUAGUCAGACAGAAAUCAAAGCAAAAGAACGAGAUCACUCUGAAUGGCGCAAGGAUUUUGAAGAAAUGAAGUUGAUUUUUAAUGCUGUUGUAACAACCUGCAUUGAAAAGGAAACAAUAAUGGAAGAGAAUGGAAAAAAAUAUUUCACAUCUGGAUUGGAAGAGGAACUGCGGUUUGCACUUGAAAAUCGCUCUCAAACGGACAUCAAGCGCUGUCUCUGCUAUAUACACAAGAUACCCUUUUUGAGUUCGCAAAGAGAGCGCUGGACCAUGAAAAAAGCUGAAUUUGAGCCAGACCUUGCAAUAGAGGCCUUCAAUGACUCCAGGUCAUACCGCAUGCUGCUCCAGCUUCGAGAUGAGUUCCUGCCUUCAGUUGUGGCCUCUUCAUCUCUUAGGGUAUACACGUCCACCAGCAACUGUGAACUACGCCAAGGAUACACAGAUGAGAUGAAGCAGGAGUUUAUUUCUGGCCUCUGUGAGCAUUUCUACCAUGACAUGUUGAGUCUGAUUGAGGCCACGGUCUCCAGAAACACAGAGCAGCUUGAUACUCUAAUGGAGGAAGCCUUGCAGAAUGCAGCCUUGUGCAACAUUUAUUCUGGGCUUUACCGUCUUCAGUGCAAAGAAUCAGAACAAGUUAAGGCUUAUCUAUCACAGCCGGACAGUAAAUAUCCACUUGUUGUUUGCGGAGGUCCUUGUUCAGGCAAAACUGUGUUUUUAGCACAUUGCGCCAAACAGGUCCGCUCUUGGUUACCUGAAUGUGACCCAGUUGUUAUCGCUCGAUUCAUUCGUGGAGAUUGUGGCACCCUGUCUCAGAUACUCCUUAGUAUUUGCCAACAAAUGGCAUUUGGCUACAAGAAAUCCAUAAAGGACACUUUCCUAGAUAUAAACAGUCUACAAGGAGUCAUGAUGAACCUUGUUCAAGAAUCUUCCAGUCAGCAGCCUCUGAUUGUAAUUUUAGAUGGAGUGGACCAGAUUUCUGAAGCUGAAAAUGCACAAAGUUUGUGGUGGCUUCCAAAAACCUUACCUCCCUUUGCUAAGUUGUUACUAUCUACCACUCCAAAGAAGUAUGGCAUUUUGGAAGCUCUGAAGGUUAUCUAUCCGUGUUCAUCUCAAUACCUUCACUUAAGUCCAAAGGAGAAAAGAGAGUGCAGUAGACUGCUGCAAGCAGACUUAUUGGUUUCCAAAAGAAAAAUUACUUCCGGUCAGCAAGUUUAUGUCAAUGAUGCACUGAAGGGGUGCACCCUGCCCCUGUAUGUUGAGAUGCUUCGCAAAGAAGUGCUUCAGUGGCCGUCCAGUUUAGAUGUGACAGAGGAAUCUCUAGAAAAGAAUGUCCAUGAGUCUAUUAAAAAGUUCCUUUGCAGCCUUGAGGAGAAACAUGGGCCAGUAUUGGUCACUAAAGCCCUGAUUUAUCUGACCAUUCCAAAGUCUGGAAUCACAGAAACUGAACUUGCUGAUAUUCUCUCCCUUGAUGACCAAGUCCUUUUGCAGUUCUUUUCACCCAAAGAAGCACCUUGCAAACUGAGGGUACCAGGCUGUGUAGUAGCAAAACUGUUGUUAGACCUGAAGCGAUUUUUAGGAAGACGGUACAUCAUGAGGUCGCAGGUCCUUUUUUGGACAAAUAGACAUUUUCCAUUGGUCAUCUGCAGACGUUACCUCACCCAACAAAGUCUGGCCCUGGAGACGCACAAUACAAUUGCUAACUAUUUUAAUGGGAGAUGGGCCUUUGGCAGAGCCAAACCCCUUAUGAACAUGCAGAACAUCUUUGGAUUUCCAAAGACUUCUAUGCCAGGAAACACCAUUCCACAUCAUAUGAAGAUUUACCUUGACAGACAGCAGCCCUCUCAACCCUGGCUCUUUAGCAAUGGCUCAGCGCUUCCAAAAUCUGGUUUCACAAAUGCACGCAAAAUUCAGGAGCUCCUUUAUCAUUUAAAAAGAGGAGGAAAACAAACGGAGCUGUGUAGGUCCAUUCUGAUGAACCUGGGUUUUCAUCAAGCAAUGCUAAAAGCAGGAAGGCUGAACACUCUGGUAUCAGAACUGCAGCAGGCAUUUCAGACUGCCUUUGAUAAAGAGCUCCGACUUCUCUCUGGUAUUCUUCAAAGCUCUGCGUGUUUACUUCAAACAUCUCCUGAAGAACUAACAACUGUGAUUCAAACACGAGUAUGCACCUUCUUAGAAAUGUGUCCCAGCCUGUCAAAUUUCAUUAAACAGGCUUAUCAUGAAGGUCUAAAGAUAUCUUCCUUAGCAGUCUUACAAUCUUCUAUCACUUCAAUACCCUCCACAUGUGUAAAGCUGCCAUCUGUGGGUUUGUCUCCUGUGACUGAUGUUAUAGAUGCCAAUGGCAAACUAACAAUUGUAAUUCAAGAAAAUGGCACCCUGUGGGCAUGGGAGAAAGGACUUGUUAAUGGGUUUAAAUGCCUUUCCUUUACUAAUUUCAAAAUUCUUGCUGCUAGAUGCUUCAAGCAGUUCCUCCUGCUUUCCACUGUGUGCAACAGACUUUUACUCUACUAUCUUUCUUCACCCUUAUUAAUUGAUGGCAUUCCGUGCCAACCUCAUAUUACUGUGGCAACGGAUGUUGUAGAGAAGAUGCAAGGGUUUCUUACAGAUGGCAGCAAUUUGUUUAUAUGGUUCAAGAACACAACAUUUGUUGAAGUUUUUAAUUUAAACUCAAGAGUCCGUCGUGCCCGCUUAAAUUGUAAGCACGUAGUUACCUGUCUGUCUCUUUCGCAUGAUGCACAGUAUGUAUUUUGUGGGCAACAAAAGAGUACUGUCACAAUUUUUGAUACACAGGGUCAAAGUUGCCAGCUUGCAACUUUCUCUUCAGAUCUGGCAGGAAGAUCAGUUCAUUCCCUAUUUCACUGUGCUUCCAAAAAGGAACUCUUUUGGGUAGACAAUUUUGGCAAUUUAUGUGUGUGGGAUGUUGAAGCUAUUAAAGAACCAGAACUUGGCAAAGAAUUCUGCAAUCUGAAUGACCUAGAUGAGAUAGUAAUGGUGGAACACUCCUUGGAGGAAAACGUUCUUCUCCUCUGUAAGAGGAUUCACAUUGUACUUUGGAACACUGAAAAGUGGGUAAUAGAAGACCAGUACCGCGCCCCCAAGAGCCAUCAGUUCAGCCAUGCUGUUUUAGGAAAAAUCUGUGAUGUAAUCAUUGCUGCUUUAGAAGGCUGUCCUUUCUUAUUGCUUUGGAAAAGCAGCACUGGACAGUGCAUUUUAACUCUUGACACUGGGCAUAACUGUGUCUUAAAGAUGGCCAAAUCUCAGUCAGACUUAAUGGCAGUGACUGCAAAUGGGUAUCUUAAAAGUUGGGACUUGGACUUGAUUGUAGGAGCUUCCUUGGUAUCCAAAACAGGAACGAAAAUCAAAUGUGUUCUUGUGCCACCUGAAGAAGACUACUUCUACACAGCAGAUGGUACGGACGUGGUUUAUAAAUGGAACUGUGUCUCUGGAAUAAUUGACGCCAACUUUGAACAUGAAGACCUUGUGAAUAAUCUGGCACUCUCUGAUAGUGGAGAGUAUCUGGUGACUUCGGAAUUUUCAGGAGACAUAUAUGUGUGGAAUACACAAAGUGGGGAAAACGUGAACCGUAUUCGCAGUUGUGCUGUGACACAGAUACUAAUAACUCCAAACAGUAAUGUUGUAAUUACUCUCUGUGAAAGCAAUCUCUCCACUGUGUGGAAGCUCACCACAGCUCACAUUGUGUGUAAUAUUCACCCAUUUAUAAAAAAUGCUGUGAUAACACCAGAAAGCACCUUUGUUCUCGGUCUGCAUGAUGGAGACCUUUUGGCUGUGAGUUUGUGGUCGGGGUGUGUCAGCAAGAGGUUCUCGUGCACAAGUCAGUCAGAGGUCACAGCCUUUAAGGCAUUAUUAGACUAUCCGGAUUAUGUGGUACUCCUCACCUCUUGUGGAUACCUUUACACGUGGAAGGUAUCGGAAGAAACAAUCUGCCGACAGUUCCAGCUGCCUUCUCAAUGCCUUAGUCAUCUGGAAAUGUUCCAGACUUCAGCAGAUGGAAGAUAUGCCAUUAUAUCUGUAAUUGGAGCAACAAUUAAUAUUCUGGAUACAGGAUUUGGGAAUCUUUGUGCUUUGGAAGCCAAAGGUCCAGUGUUACAUGCGACUUUGACAGUAGAUGGCCGCUAUGUUGUGUUCAUUUGCAGGUCUGAGUUCUGCAGCUGUAGCUGCGAUUUUCAUUCAAAACCAAUUCUAAGUAUACUUGAGGUUUCUAACGGAAAGGUUGUUGGCCAUUGCUUUCUCUGCAAAGAUCCAUCAGCCAUGACAGUAUCAGAUGACCAUCAGGUUUAUGUGGGCUUUGAAGAUGGGGCCACUGGAAUCUAUUCGAUUGCAGAGGAUUUAGAAAGCGGAGUUAAAAUUAAACAUUACCUUACUCAAAUGGAAAGCAGGGAGAAAUGCAGUAGUAGAAACCAAAAGCAAUACCUGGGCAGACAGUCUCCUAAUAUUAUAUGGAAGGAAUCUUCUAGCGAGACACACUGAAAAGGCAGUUUUUAAGCUUUCUUUUAUAAUGAACACAACUCAUCAGGACAACUUUUUAUAUCCUUCAUUUGUGAAAUAAUUAAUUGAACUGUUGAUGACUGACAGCCUCACUUUUACGAUGAACCAAACUGAUCAUUGCUACACUAUGUCUUCAUCCAUUGCACACUCUAGGACCAUGAAAGGUUUGGCGUCUUAUGGCCCUGCAACACUGAAACAGCUACAUCUUAGCAAAUGUUCUAUUUUAAAUAUUCUUGUAACUGGUAAAUCUGUUAAAAUACAUAAUAUAUAAGCGUAUAGGGUCAUUAUUGUCACAUGUACAGAGUACAGUUCUUACUUGCAUGUACUAAUCAACAUGUAACCAUAGUUACACUGCCUUAUAUUUUUGUGUGGAGGUUUUAGGAAAAAUGUUUUCUAUAUCUUAAAAGGUGUUAGGUGUAUGAAACUAGAGGUGUUGCUAGCUUGAGCACUUGUUAGGGCCUUAGCGCCCCCGAUAAUGACAGUAGUCUCACAUAUAUCUUAAACUUUGAGGUUGAAGAGUGGUGGAGAGGGGGGUCCCCAUUGAAGAUUUCACGCCAUCAACCAUGCAUGACAGAAUGCACCACAGGAAGAAGGGGAAUGGACUGUUGAAGAUCAGGAGCUGGGCCCCUGAAAUCAAAGGCUAAAGCCCCAGAAGUCUCCCAACCCACAAUGAUGCCACUAUAUGUAACCCAUCAGAGGAGAUUUACAUAAAAUUUUUGACCUUGAACAUCUAUGAAUUCUGCCUUGAAAUAGUUGAAAUAGUUAAAGGACAGUAUUUAGUGGAUAUUUGGCCAUUGGACAAAGAAAUUGUUCUAGUCCAUCCAGUGCCUCAUCUACUUAUCCAAGGGCACCUGGAGCCUCUCCCAAUAAUUACUGGUUCCAAGUCAGGAGCAAGACCAGGACAGGUCACCAGUCCAUCGCAGGUUGAACACCUAACCUGCAAAACUUUGGACAGAGGGAAGAAACUGCAGCACCCUCAGGAAACCCGCACAGACACAGGGAGAACAUGUCAUAUCCAGGCAGAGAACACCCAGGACCCGAACCCCUUAUUGCAAGUGGGCAGUGCUACCACUGCACUGCCACAUAUAUGGCAGAGGUGCUGGCUUGCACAGAGCGACUGGCAUUCUGUGGCUGCUUCGAUUAAUCAAAGGCUUGAAUAAA